UCCACGUCGCGAGAGCGGAACGGAUGUUUGUGAGCCGCUGUUUCCGGUCGGGCUGUUAUUCCAGCAGUGACUGUGCGAGUGAAACAUGUCGAGUUCUUACAGAAACAGGAUUCAGGAAUUCAAGGUGUCUCUUAGUGAGGAGAAGAUCGAUCUGAAGGCUUUACGUGAACUUUGUUUCAGUGGGAUCCCGUGUGAAGGAGGCAUCCGUGCGUUGUGCUGGAAGAUUCUGUUGAAUUAUCUGCCACUGGAUCAGACGUUAUGGGACUCUUUCCUGGAGAAACAGCGGGAUCUGUACGCCCAGUUUCUCCGAGAGAUGAUCAUUCAACCUGGAAUCGCCAAAGCCAAUCUGGGCGUGUCUCGAGAGGACGUGACGCUGGAAGACCAUCCUCUGAAUCCAAACCCAGACAGCCGCUGGAACACGUACUUCAAAGACAAUGAAGUUCUGCUGCAGAUCGACAAAGACGUCAGACGGUUGUAUCCUGACAUGGCGUUCUUCCAGCGACCGACCGAGUUUCCCUGUCAGCUCAUUCUAGACCCUCAGAACGAGUAUGAGACGCUGCGACGGCGUGUUGAACAGACCACACUCAGAGCUCAAACCGUCAACCGCAACCGCAGCGGCGUCACUAACGUGAGUUCUCCUGGGAAGUCGUUGAAUCUGUACCCGUCCAACGAGUACGAGGUUUUGCCGAAUGGCUGUGAGGCGCACUGGGAAGUGGUCGAGCGGAUUCUCUUCAUCUACGCUAAACUGAACCCGGGCAUCGCUUACGUGCAGGGCAUGAAUGAGAUCGUAGGACCGAUAUAUUACACCUUCGCCACAGACCCCAACAACCAGUGGAAAGAACACGCGGAGGCCGACACGUUCUUCUGUUUCACUAACCUGAUGUCAGAGAACAGAGAUAAUUUCAUCAAGAGCCUCGACGACUCGCAGUGCGGCAUCACGUUUAAGAUGGAGAGCGUGUUCUCUAAACUCAAGGAGAAAGACACUGAACUCUACAUGAAACUGCAAGAGCAGAAUAUUAAGCCGCAGUAUUUCACCUUUCGCUGGUUGACGCUGUUGCUCUCUCAAGAGUUUCUCCUGCCAGACGUCAUCAGGAUCUGGGAUUCGCUGUUUUCCGAUCAGGAUCGAUUCGAGUUCCUCAUUCCGGUGUGCUGUGCCAUGCUCACACUGAUUCGGGAUCAGUUACUGGCAGGAGACUUUACAAUAAACAUGAGAUUACUGCAGGAUUACCCUAUCUGUGAUGUUCACACUAUACUUGCUAAAGCAAAAGAACUGCAGGAUGGCUUAUAGUGGCCACGCCCUUCAGCCCCGCCCCAGCCCAGAGAAACCACGGUAACCGUGAACAACAGCAGUGGCACCAUCUCAUCGUGGGUGGGCCAUCGUUUGCCUUUGUGUGACUGAGUGUGUGUUACGUCUAACCGGCUCUCAGGUGGACGUGGGGGGGGGCUUGAUCUGUUUACUGAUGCACUAAAUAAUCACACACACACACACACACACUCAAUGCUGACGGGACUCCAGAAUCACUCCAGAACUGCAAGUGUUUCAUGAUUUGUAUUUAUAUCAGUGAUUGUUUACUUUUAUUGUUUUAUGUUGUAUCUUUUACAAAUGAACAAAAUAUCUUAACUAGAGUUUUAAGUAUUGUUGAUGGAUGAUAUUUACUGAUGACAGCAGAUCUUCCCAGUGUCCAACUGUUCUUCAAUCUACACUACAGAAUCAGAUCUGCUCAACGGCACGAAACACUCAGAACAUCUUUCUUCUCAAAUGUUUUGGUCCUGCGGAGUUUCUCUUCUUCAGAUCGUGCACGUCAAAGAUUUGUUGACAAGUGUGUUUGUAGUAGAGUGAAGAAGGGCUGAUGUCAUCCGUCAGAGUGUGAUGUCAUCCAUCAGAGUGUGAUGUCAUCCAUCAGAGAGUGAUGUCAUUCAUCAGAGAGUGAUGUCAUCCAUCAGAGAGUGAUGUCAUUCAUCAGAGAGUGAUGUCAUCCAUCAGAGAGUGAUGUCAUUCAUCAGAGAGUGAUGUCAUUCAUCAGAGAGUGAUGUCAUCCAUCAGAGAGUGAUGUCAUCCAUCAGAGUGUGAUGUCAUCCAUCAGAGAGUGAUGUCAUUCAUCAGAGAGUGAUGUCAUUCAUCAGAGAGUGAUGUCAUCCAUCAGAGAGUGAUGUCAUUCGUCAGAGAGUGAUGUCAUCCGUAAGAGAGUGAUGUCAUUCGUCAGAGAGUGAUGUCAUCCGUCAGAGAGUGAUGUCAUCCGUCAGAGAGUGAUGUCAUCCAUCAGUGUGAUGUCAUCCGUAAGAGAGUGAUGUCAUCCGUAAGAGAGUGAUGUCAUUCGUCAGAGAGUGAUGUCAUCCGUAAGAGAGUGAUGUCAUCCGUCAGUGUGUGAUGUCAUUCGUCAGAAAGUGAUGUCAUUCAUCAGAGAGUGAUGUCAUUCGUCAGAGAGUGAUGUCAUUCAUCAGAGAGUGAUGUCAUUCGUCAGAAAGUGAUGUCAUUCAUCAGAGAGUGAUGUCAUUCGUCAGAGUGUGAUGUCAUUAAUCUUCAUGGAUGUGUGCAGAUGUUGUCGUUUAUUGAUCAUUUCAUCACACUAAUGUUUGUUUGCGUUCACGCUGAAUUAUUCUUCAUCAACACACACUUUAUGUCUCCAUACAAACAUGAUGUUUUUUUAAGUGUACAUUAAAAGGCUCAGUGGAUGUUGGGUAAUGAAGGAUGGAUGAUAUUCUUCUUUUCAAUCUUUUCCUCUCUCUGGAAUGUCGGGCCACAUGUUUCUGUCUGUGUGUUUGUGCAGAUGUACAUUAUAACAUUUAUUUCUUUUGCAUGUUUUCUUAUGAGCACAUACAGUAUAUAGUUCUUGCUGACAUAUAUCAAUGUUUUUACAGUGAUGGCAGAUGCACAAUAAACAUUUGAAUCUUAAACAUGAAUCUUGAAUCUGUCACAGUCAGAGCUGUGGGGUGAAUCGAGCGGAGGAUGAUCUGCGCACACACUCACACACACUCAUACGCACACACACUCAUACACUCUCUCACACACACACACACACUCACUCACACACACUCACACUCAUACACUCUCUCACACACACACA